AUGUGUUUUUGCUCUAAUCCCAGUAAACAUACUAAGACCAGCAAUUUUGAGUGGAUGACUGAGAUCAUCAGACAAGUUGAGGCUGCAGACACUCAAGGAUUUGUUGAUGUCCAGAUUUGUAUCACACAGCUCAAGGAAAAGUUUGACCUUAGGACCACCAUGUUGUAUAUAUGUGAGCGCCACUUCCAGAAAAUUGCUGGUGUGAGUAUGUUUACUGGUCUUAGAGCAAAAACACAUUUUGGCCGUCCAAAGUUUCAAGACUUUUUUGAAGCCAUCAAAUUUGUGCAUAAAAAUGUCCACCAGAUAGGUGUCUUUAGCUGUGGCCCUCCUUCUAUGACAAGAAAUGUCCAGCAAGCUUCACUUUAA